AUGGCUCCCUCCGCACACAGCAGCUGCCUGUGGAUGAUGGUCCUCGGCACAUGUGUGUCGCUGGGGGUUGGAACGGACUGCGGGAAGGAGUGUGCACUGUGUGUGUACCGUCUGCUGGGACAGCGGUCUGGUUUCUCCUCCCUGACAUGCUCACUUGAGUGUGAGGGUGGGUUGGACAGCCAGAAGCUCCGCCUGUGCCGGGAAUUCCUUCUGGAGGAGGAAAACCACAUUCCUCUGUUUGCUGACCCCCGUCAACAGCAGGAACAGGAAGAAGUGGGUACCGUGACAACUGACGAUAAGGACGCAACAUCACAAGAACACCAGCUGGCCAAGAAGUACGGCGGUUUUAUGAAGCGCUAUGGUGGUUUUAUGUCUCGUCGUUCCUCCUCUCCAGAGGGGGCACUCGAGGAUCCUGGAAACCAGGAUGACGAUGAAAACGUUCGCCUGGGGAUCCUAAAAAUUCUUAAUGCAGGGGCUGAGCACGGCAGUGAGGGGGAUGGUCAGGGAGGUGAGGCAGUGAAGAGGUAUGGAGGCUUCAUGCGUCGGGCUGAAGAUGGGGUAGUGCAGGGUGACCUGCUGGAGGCAGUGUUAGGCCGUGGGCUCAAGAAGCGCUACGGAGGGUUCAUGAGGCGUGUGGGCAGGCCUGAGUGGCUGGUGGACAGCAGCAAGAGUGGGGGGGUUUUGAAACGGGAUUGGGAGAGUGGCAGCGAGCUACAGAAGAGAUACGGUGGGUUCAUGGACUAG